AAACAGAAGCAGCCCAGCGGUGAGAGCAGAAAGAGGGUGGACCGUCGAGCAGCUGAGGGGAUUUGUUUGAAGAAGGUGGUAACUGUUGUUCACACAGCCGGAGAGAGAAGCACCUGCAGCGGACUGAUCAGCGCCCAGCCAUGGUCAAGAUCAGCUUCCAGUCUGUCGCGGGACAGAAAGUAGAAAAGGAAAAUGAUGGCGACAAGACCGAAAUCCUCAUCCCUCACCCGCUGGAUGAGGAGGAGCUGGUCCUGCCGCUGCGGCCCAAGAAGUCUCCACUCAAUGGGCUGUGCUGCCUGACCUUCGGCCUGGUGGUCUUCAUGGCUGGUCUGGUCCUGGCCUCCAUUUACGUCUACCGCUACUACUUUAUACCUCAUAUCCCAGAGGAGAACCUGUUCCACUGCUGUGUGCUUUAUGAAGACCCUGCGUAUGCCCCGCUGCGUGGGCGUCAGGAGCUGGAGGAAAAUGUCGGCAUCUACUUGGCCGACAACUACGAGAAGAUCACUGUGCCCGUGCCUCACUUUGGAGGCAGCGACCCUGCUGAUAUAAUCCAUGACUUCCACAGAGGAUUAACUGCAUACCACGAUAUUGCUCUGGACAAGUGCUACGUUAUUGAGCUCAACACCACCAUUGUGAUGCCUCCGCGCAACCUCUGGGAGCUUCUAAUCAACGUCAAGAAGGGAACAUACUUGCCUCAGACCUACAUCAUCCAUGAAGAGAUGGUGGUGACUGGCAAAGUGCACAACAUGCGUCAGCUGGGACCUUUCAUCUACCAGCUGUGCAACGGGAAGGACACGUACCGCUUGAACCGCCGUGUAACCCGCAGGCGCAUCAACAAGCGUGAGGCGAAGGACUGCCACCACAUCCGCCACUUUGAGAAUACAUUUGUGGUGGAGACGACUAUCUGCGAAGAAGCGUAAACACGACCGUCAUCUGUGUCACCCCACCCACCCAAAGGCACACUCCAGCCACUGUAGCACCGUCCUGUGGAUCUGAUCAUGUCUGAGUUGCACUGUACUUGUGAUUUUUGGUUUGAUGUCCUUUUGUAAAAGAAGUAUUUUUUUUUUUAUUUCACUACCUGUCUGGGUUUUUUUUUUUUUUUAAAUUUCCCAUUGGUAAUAUUUACCCUCAAGUGUGAUGCAAUACUAAGCUGCUGGUUCUAUCACAGGACUUUCCAUGUAGCAGAGUCCGUAAGCCAAUAAUGAAUAAUAAUUUCAAGACCUCUCUUCGUCCUCUUUGGGGAUUUGUAUGACGGUUACUGUUGUUGAGGGAGACAGCUGUCUCCAUGUGUUGUCAAGGUGAUUGUGUUUUGUUUUUUUUCUGCUACCCUGGAGGUUCUUAGUUCUGCUAACAAUCAUCUGUGCAAAGCGUGAAGUCUUGCUUUCCCGAGCAAACAUUGUCCAUGGGUUUAAUUAAUUAGUUUUUCCCAUGUUCUCUGUAAUGUAAACAUGUAACUGCUGACGACUAGUUGCUUGCUUGCAUCUUUACCCUGUUGCCUGCCUGUUGCUUCCUUGCUCCUCUUUCUGCCUUUCAUCUUGUUAACAAGCAUUACCACGCAGUAGAAGUUAGAUAAAGCUGCACUGGGCAUUAGACUGCAUUCAUUUUUUAAAAUAAUAUUCCGUCAAUGAAACAUGUGAAGACCCAUAUUUAGUUUUGAUGCUCUCAUUUGUCAUUUCCCUUUUCUUGCGCUUUUUUCUCCCUCCUGAAUUUCUGAGUCAUUUACAGUAAUCUUUGUUUUCGCUUGCAUGUCUUUAUCUAAAAGAGGAGAAACAGCACUCUUAGAAUGUUUUGUAAAACAAUGUUUAAAGCCUUAGUCCAGAGUCAGACACUGGGCUAAAGUCAGUACAACAGAAAGGGAGCAUAUUAUACGAUGUUAGCAAAACAAACCCAACUUUGAUCUGUAUAUUUUGUCUGCAAAUGAAAUCUGUCUGUGAAUAAAGUAGUAAAAGUGAUAGAA